UACGCGCAGGCGUAAAAAAGUUCGGUGGCGCUAGCUCUGCCGCUAGUCACCUUUUAUCAGCCGAGGGGGAAGUAACGUUUAGGAGAUUUAAAAGAAGAGGAAAUUGGGGGCAACGGCAGCGAAUUUAAGCGGCGCACCGAGGGCUGCGGGAGAGCGCAACUAUCUGCUGCGUUUGGAAGAAACUCAGUGAGCAGGGAAAUGAUCAUCACGAGUGCGCGGAAGUUUGUGUUUACUGAUGUUGCGGUAGCUAGCUGGUUGGCCCUGUUAGCUUGUUAGCGAGGAAGGUGCGCGCUGUUUGGACUGCUAGACAUCGGCAUUUACAGCCAGCCAAACUUACCAGGCAAGUAAGAGAACUGUCACGUUGCUGCUUGUAUCCUAACAGUCGGAAGAAACUGAGGUUGCGGCGGCUUGCUGGUUCGGCUAUCAAACUCUUGUAACGUUGGUGCGGGCCACGAGCUUUGACUCUUGAGGGGUCGAGUCAAACACAACCUGAUACAAAAAGAGAGAAGACGCUCAUUGAGCCCUGAUAUUACAUGUCUAGAUCAGCUCGGCGCUAUCAAACAUCGGUGUCUCCCUCUCGGCCGUCACGGAUGACCUGUCAGGCUCGCAACGUUGGACCUGCGACCCGUCCUCCUCACCGGACCUAGUUCAUCGUCUUCGCCCGUGAUGGGCCCCCUGUUCAGCUAGUACGACGCGUGAAAACGAUCUGCAGCCCUCUAACCAUGGGAGGAUGUGUGGGGAGAUACUGGGAAGGCUGGGAGGACACACAGAGCCGAGGAUCGUCCAGGAACGGCGGACGAGGAGGACGCAACGAGCCUCUGAAGAAGGACCGACCCAAGUGGAAGAGCGACUAUCCGAUGACCGAGGGCCAGCUACGGAGCAAGCGGGACGAGUUCUGGGACACGGCGCCGGCCUUCGAGGGCCGGAAGGAGAUCUGGGACGCCCUGAAAGCUGCGGCUGUGGCCCUGGAGUGUAACGACCACGAGCUGGCGCAGGCUAUAGUGGAUGGAGCCAGUAUUACACUGCCACAUGGUACUCUCGCAGAGUGUUACGAUGAACUCGGGAACCGCUACCAGCUGCCCGUCUACUGCCUGGCUCCACCCGUCAACCUUAUCUCAGAGCGCAGUGACGAGGACCCCAGCGACAGCCCCGAGCCCCCCGCAGCACCCAAAAAGGAAUUCCAGCUCAAGGUACGGCUCUCCACGGGCAAGGACCUGCGCCUCAGCGCCAGCAUGGCCGACACCAUAGGGCAACUGAAGAAGCAGCUGCAGGCCCAGGAAGACAUCGACGCCAUCCACCAGCGCUGGUUCUUCUCCGGGAAGCUGCUCACGGACAAGACGCGGCUGCAAGACACUAAGAUCCAGAAGGACUUUGUCAUCCAGGUCAUCGUCAACCCGCAGGCCCUCCAAGCCCCCAAGCUGUCUCCUACCAGCACUGCCUCCUCACCUGCGUCCGAAUAACUGAGGACACACAGGAUGGAUGGAUGAAGCGGUGGUGCAGUGGGUGGUGAGGACUGUGGCAGACUCUAAAUGACCAGAGGUGUCUCAUUAUUGCUGGAUAGCUUUUUUUUUUUUUUUUUUUGAAAACAGCUGCUGUUACUGAAAUAAAAUCAGACUGUGGAGAUACAAAGCUGGUUCGAAGCAAAAACAUGAGGGAGAAACUCAAAAGUGCUGCUUUUGUUUUAUCUACCAUGUGUCAUUGUAUUUGGGGUGUCUGCUGGGUUGCUCUCUACGUGAAUCCAGUCACCACACUAACUCUGGACAUCCUCGUCCCUGUGUCUCUUUGAACCAUUUUGAAUCGAACGCGUGAUGCUGGUGUGCAGCCUUCAAACUACGUACAGUAUGUGCACAUCACACAGACUCUGCCUCCGCCUUUGUUUCUGCACUAAUGCUAACUGAAGUGCCAACGGAGGAAAUGCAGAGGGGGUCUGUGUUGGUUCUAAAGCACAUUUCUACUAUGACGCCCACGGACCUUUUUCUCCUCCGCAGAAACAGGAGGGGCCGGCGGAGAGCGAGAUGCUGAACAUUUUCUUCUUUUUUUUCCUUCCUUCUUUUAUCAAGGAAAUAAUGUAAACUGAGCUUUUUUUGCACAUUUGAAGAUUAUUACUAUACUUUUGUGGUAGUUUGUGUGCCUUCUCAAAGACGAAACAAAAAAAAGGGGGGGGGGUGUUAAUGUUCUGAAAGAUGCUAGUUUUACCACGAGGCUAAGACAUCUGUAUUUUUUUAGAUUCAGGAACUCUUUAGAUCAAUCUGAGCUAUAACUGCUGCCUUUUUAAAAAAAUGAUUUCAUGAAUAUUACAGACAAAACAUUUACUGUGUGGGUGCUGACGGGGCUGUUUGUGUGUGUAUGAAAGCGUACGUGUGCAAUAUACAGUUCAGUUUAACGUAGCUCACAGAGACAAGACUGUUUUCCCGGUGUGUAAGACAUAGCUUUGCAGUCAGUCAUAUCAUAAUAUAAUAGGAAAGGAGGAAUUCCCGUGUAACAAAAGGAUGGUCCUAAAAACUGCAUUAUUAACCACUUUUAAUGACCCUCAGACCACUAGGGGACGGCCCUGAUAUAUUCACUUAAGUCGCUUAGGGCUAGUUUUCCUUAUCUCUAUCUUGCCACCUGAUGAAUGUAAAUCCAGUAUUCACUUGCCUUUUAUUUGUGUUGAUGUUUUCCGAUAACUUUAAAGAGAGAAGAAUAUCUGUCAUAUUUUUCACUCGAUGUUUGACCUUUGUCACCAGCAUACAGAUGGCCCGGUGAAAAUGGCUGUCUGUACGUUUUUGUAUGUGGGAUUGGUGAGCAAUUUAGCGGUCUGUAUGGAGCGGUGAAACAAAACCAUAAGCUGUGAAAGGCUGUAGAUUUCGGUGUCGAUUCACAGAACUAGAUUGUGUUAUAAGGGGCACGCCACCGAUGUAGACAGGAAGGUUUGUGUACCUGUCACUGGUGAAGUGUGAAAAUGAAUUAGUCUCCGUCUUCGGGUGCUCUAGAGGAGCUUUGUCGGGUCGGAGAAAACAACCGUGAUGAUGUCAGCGAUGUUAUCUUGGAUUCUGGCUUUGAGACCAAACAUUUACAUCAAAAAUCUUAUUCAAAACGAUGCUCUGUCCUAAAUCCCUGUCCAGCUGUAUUAUGGGAAAUGUAGGACCCAGUUGUUUGGUUUUUUUUGGACAUUGACCCCAUAUAAGGGACUUAAAGUUGAGGCAUCUCAGUUUCUGCUCCCUUAAUUUUCACCAUUAAUUUCAAAUAUGUCUCUCACAACUUUGAAGAAUUGAAUCACUAAAUCGUUGUAGUUCUCCUUUUAAUAAAUGUUAUUCUGAUGAAAGAACCGUUCAGAUUUAAUUGAAAAUUGUUUAAAAAAAAAAAAAUAAAGAUGAAAAAAAUCAAUUAGACACCAUGUUGGAUGAGUGAUCUUCAAGUGUUUUUCCUGUCCACUGUUAGCUUGCUUGAGCAGAAACAUUACAUUGCUAUUUUUUAGAUGGCUGCUAGUUGAAUUCUUCACUUUGACACUGAGCUCUGCCAGGCUUUUGCCUGUAAAUGGAGGUACAGCUGCAGCGACUCUGACUGAUCGAUGUCUUAUGACAGCGACGUUUGUUCCGAAUGGAAGAGAGUCUCCAGCUUUGUCACCAACCACAGCGG